AUGGCACAAGGUGGAACCCAGUUAUCUCUCGAGACAGAGGGUGCUACAGCAUGUCGGUUGCUGCGUCAUUUUACCAGACUCUCCCCUGAUCAGCAGAAGGAAUUGCUGAAACCCAGGGCAUUUAAUAAGUGGCUCCACAAUUCUCUGGAUAUUCAGAAGGCAAGCACGGCACGUGUAUUAGCGGUAAUCCGGCAUGAUACCUUCCGAUAUAUUACAUUAGAUUUAUGUGAAACAGACUAUGGCAAGAAAUUCUUUACCUGGUCUCUUCUCGAACGGAUUGUAAAUUCUAAACUGGACCAUAUAUGGGUUCGCGAGAUUAAGAAAUUUCUCGACUUCGGCCAUACUAUUUUCCAACAUCAUAUUAAUGAUAUUGUAUCUGAUGACUGGGUUAAGAUACUAGAACUCAAGCCAGAAGACUGGAAUAGUCAAUUACAAGUCCUGUUUUUCCCGACGUCUUGUGAUAAUAGCUGUGGGGAAAGUAACUCCAACUUUCCUGGGGCCUUCAUAACUUCCUUGAAGGAUUAUCCUGUACUAGGCUCUUCAGGUAUGCCUAUUACUGGAGAAAGUAUUAUACUCUCCCGACGUCCAGGCUUUCUUUCAAGUCUUUCAGAUAUUGAGUACCAAGAUAUAUGGCAAAGGCUUUAUAAUAUAAAGCCGUCUAUUAUCCCUACAUGGCAUUCAUGGUAUAUAAGUAAGAGGAAUAUUUCAUCAAAGGUUAUAAGUAUCCUGAACCAUAUUACUCGUUGGGUGCAACCAGACUGGGUUUAUCCGGAACGUGCAAGUAAGGAGCUGAAGGAAUUUUCCUGGGCAAACUACUUCACACACUUAUUAUGGAAGACCCAUAAUAAAUGUUCUACCUUGCCACAGUCAGCCUACCAUGAACAGGCAGAGGUUUUCAUUACUAAAUUAUGGGAUCAAGUAAAGUCUGAUCCACAAUGGUGUGACCCUUGUUAUGAAAAUCUGCUUCCGGUAUCUCUUCCAUCAGAAACCUUUAUAUCUGGAGGUGUUGAAAUGAAUGAAUACUGUCAGCGGUUCAAGCUAUCACAUUGGUAUCAGGUCUUAGUUCUGGUGGUAGUAUCAUUCCCUUCACAAUUAAGGGGCUCAAUGGAGCCACUAAAUGAUUUGGCUAAAGCAGGGGACUCUUUAUCCCGCUAUUCAAGUUGGGGGCUCAACAUUUGCCACGCCAAUUUCGAGCAUAACCAACAGUUACGCCUGCUUCCAGGACUGAAUACUCCUCCGAAUCAUCAAUAUAUUAUUUCAGAAGGAGACCUAUUUGGGGCAAUAGUACACUAUCGUCUACUAAAACAGGCAUUACUUGAAACUCAUAAUCCUGGGUUAUCUAGUUCUAUAACAACGGGUAUCCAAUCCCUGGAUCAAUACAAGGCCGCGGUUAUCCUUCUAAAAGAAAAGGCAGAAAUUUUAAAUAAAUAUGGAUGGCAGGCAUAUCCAGAUGAUUGGAAUGAAGAUCUGGAGGCUUUUACUAUAUCUCAAUUACAGAGAUAUAGUAAAAGAGCAGAUAUAUGUCCUGGUUUUCUUACCACAACGUAUCCAAAACUAUUUAAGAACCCAAGAGGUAUAAUAUCAACCAAGCGGAAGGAAAUUAGUAGGGAUGAAGAUCAGUUAGAGAAGGAGGAUAAUCAUAUCUUAAAACAAGCAAAGAGAGACAGGACUCUAUAA